AUGUCUGUUGCCGACAACUUGCAGUCGUCCAUCACGUCGCUGCAAAACUCCAUCAAUUUUCUGAAUUGCGCGAUCGCCCCGCUGCGCCAGGUCACCGACGACGUCGAUCGGUUCAAGACGGUUCUGCGCACAAAGGCCGUGUUUGACGUGAUCCCCGAGUCGACCGUCCAGAAACGCACCAAGGCCGUCUCCGCGUUCGUCGAGCCCCGUCUGAACAAGGACCACGAGCUGCUGCACGAGAUUAUGGCCGAUUUGGCGCGCAAACAGGACCGACUGCACAAACAAAUGGCGCCGCUGGAAAAGAAACUCGAACGCGUCAGAUCUCAGCAUGGAGCCACCAUCAAGGUCCAGAAGGUUUCGGGCUCUCGCGACGACAUUGCCCGUCUGAAUUCCUUGCGCGCAAAAAAACUCAAACUGGCGUCGAGAUCAGCUUGA